CACACUUCCGCCGUACACCGGAUGUUGCUACCCGAACCAGAAGCGCCAGUUAAGUGCAGAAUCGAACCUGUGCAGAGGAUGUAUGCCGCCUGUUCUAACAAGCCGCAGCUGGAAGACACUAUUAUUAAACUGACUAAUUGAAAUAAAGAGAAAAUAUCAGAGGAGGUCCUGGCAUUGAGGUGCCUUAAGAAAUCUUGAACGAUGAUGGAGCGAAGACGAGCCUUAACUAUUCCAUUUGUUGACAAGGACAAGCUGAUGGAGAACCCACUGAAAAUAUCUGUGGCGUGCUUGUCAUCAGAGUGUGGAAAGUUGGACGGGCAGGUCCCAUGGACUGCUUUUGCUGAUCAUAACGGCAGUCCCAAACCCAAACCAAGGCAUAAAAACGGCUCCACGGUGUUUGAUUGUAAUCGUACAGCUUUGAAAAGUUCGGACAUAAUGAGGAGAAAGCCACGUCUUGUCCUAACAGAUGUCUUAAAGACGGAGCCAGGCAAGGAUUAUAUUAAGAGGUUAAAAAACAGAAGCAACGUAAGAAGACUCUCUGGUCUUCGAAAGGUCGACAGCCGACGCAAAAAGGAAGAACUCUGCUACAGCGAAACUAGAUCCAGACAGAUGGAGGAGAAGAACAAGAGCAAGGAUAUAACCCCUAAAGGAAAAAAGAGGACUCCCACAUCUCAAAGACUACUAAAUAGACUAAGAAAACCCCAGAACACUGAAGAGGAAGAUGAUGAAGAAAGCCAAGGUACCAAAGAGAUGAAAAUCAGCAAAGAAAGCGAAGGAGGCGAGACGUUUGCUGAGGUUGUAGAUUGUGGAUUGUCACUGAGCUGGCAGUCCACUGGGGAUACAUCAGCCUGUGAUGGGAUCUCUGCAGAUUUCAAUAAAGACAAGUUGACUGGAUCAGAAGAAGAUGCAGAUCACUGUUUGGCCAUGAAGCGUAAAAGAAGGAAUCCUGGCCUGCAGUGCAAUGGAAAGAGCAGCCCUAAACGCCAGCGAGGGAGCAUGCUUCAUCCGACAGGAGAGGCAGAAAAAGAUGGAGGACGGGUCCCACUGUGUGGUGUUCAGGAAGAAAGUGACAUAGACUUAGAUAUGGAGCGUUGUAUUGUACAGUUCACUGUUGGAGAAGAAGAUGGAUUUCAGCCUUUGGUCCCAUUCUACCCUGGUGGGAAACCUGAAGGCAUCAUUAUCAGUAGCAGGAUUAACUCAUCGCCCAGGAAUAACAGCGCAACCCAAACCAGCCUGUCUGAUCCCAUUGUAUUGUCCAGCGAUGAUGAGGAAAACCGUGAAGAUCCUGAAUGUCGGCACAGAUUGGGGCAGAAUAAGGCCUCACUGUUUGACACGUCAAUCCAUAGAAAUGCCUCAGAGGAAGAGGAGUCCCAACAGGAGAUGACAUCAGACACAGAGGAUGUGCAGGGAAUGCAGAUGCUCGUUGAAGAGUUUCCACAUUCAGCACCGUCCUCUCCCAUCCCCGAGUUUGACUUUCCCUCUUUGAGUGUACAUUUCGUGGCCAUGUACUGUGGAUGUUACAAACUGAGAGCAGAUGGAUGCCUCAUGAUAGCAAAAAAUAAGAUUGUCAUCCCACUUAAAGGCACGAGCGAGCAGGGGUUUUUGACUUUUGUGCGCACAGAUCUGCGGAGGUACAGUGUUUGGGACAAGCAGGAGCUGGAAGCUCAUCACAUUCGCUUUGAGGGGGAAAAGGAUCCUUUACCACCUGGCGUCCUGCUGUUAUACGUGUCAGAAACUGCUGCUGGUCCUAUACAGCAGGUACUGAACCAGCUCUGCGACAGUGAAGAUGGACCCGUAGAUAAUGGAAAAGCCAGCCGUUUCAUCUUACUGACUCUCAAAGAUCCUGUGGAGGGAAUGGAGGGAGCUUUACUGCGCUCCUUACUGGACAUCGACUGCAUCAACGGAAUGACAUAUGACAACCGCUUUAAAAACAAUGAUGGGGUCCAACCUAAUAGUUUAUUGGAUUCUGAUUCUCCAGUGCUUUCAAUGGAUGAUAGCAUAAAGCUGAUCAGAAACAUUGGAGCCGACUCUUAUCUGCUCUCCAUACUCUGCAUGAAGAGCCCUGACUCUGACCUGAUUGUAGAAAAGGAGCCUUCAGAGUGUGAUGAAGAAGAUCUCCCCACUGCCCACAUCUGGGUGGAUACUAAUGUUGAGAAAGACACAGAGAUAACUCUUGAGAAAAAAACAGAAGAUGGAGCCGCUGAAGCUGAACGAAAUAUGGAUAAGGAGGAUGAGGAACCCAAGACUCCCUCUGAUAGCAAAAAGGAGGAAGUCGUGCCUGUUUAUACGGUUUGUCAUCAAAGAAGAAAAGGAUCCUACUCUGUGUCUCUUUGUAAACCAGACUCCAACUGGAUAAAAUAUAAGCAUGAGGGUCUGAGUAAAAGGUUAAUACAGUUUCCUCCACCACCUUUGAAAGGAGGAAUCACAGUAACAAUGGAAGAUCUGCAAUGCCUUGACAGUUGGCAGUACCUUAACGAUGUCAUUAUCGAUUUUUACCUGAAAUACCUCAUCCAGAAAUCCUCCGCUGCCAUUUCUAAACGCUCCCACAUCUUCAGCAGCUUCUUCUACAAGCAGCUGACGCGCAGGGACAACGCCAGCGAAGGAGGCAGUACCGACUCUUGUCAGAGGCAGAGGCGGCACCAGCGAGUAAAGACGUGGACGCGACACGUGGACAUCUUUGAAAAGGACUUCCUGUUUGUGCCUGUUAAUCAAGAAGCUCACUGGUAUUUAGCUAUGAUUUGCUUUCCUGGACUGGAAGAGCCUCUGCAGGAGGACUGGCUGGGAGAGUCUCAGGGUCCAGAUGAGGCCAAAGAAUGUAAAAGUUCUGAUCCUGCAGAAACCCUGGAGCGAUUAGACCCGAGUGACGGUGUGAACACAGAGACGGAAAAUCAUCUGGAUGAGUCGACUAAAGAUCCGCCACCACCAUGUCGAGUUAGUUGCACAGAACAGACGUGUCGGAGACGGACAGUCUGCAAAAGGCCGUGUAUUCUUAUCAUGGAUUCCCUCAAGCUCUCUUCUCAUGAGCGGAUCUGCAAACUGUUACGGGAGUAUCUGCAGUCAGAGUGGGAGGUCCGUCGAGGAUCAUCGAGGGAAUUUGGUCCUGAUCAGCUGAAAAGCUCCCAUUGUAUAGUUCCCCUCCAGGAUAACAGCAGUGACUGUGGCCUUUACCUUCUUCAAUAUGUUGAGUGUUUUUUAAAGGACCCUGUGGUGCACUUCGAUUUACCUCUUCAGCUACAAAAAUGGUUCCCACGCCAAGUGGUUCGGAAAAAACGGGACGAGAUCAGAGAUUUGAUCCUUAACCUUUACCGGCUUCAGAACGUGGACAGCAAAAAGACAUGAAGAAACGCCGCUGCACAGUGCAUCACAUUCCUGCCUCCAUUAUAAAGCAUUGCUCAUACUGAGCUAAAGACCUUUUAUUUCAGUGUAAACUGGAAAAAACUUCUUUUAGAUAUGAUUUCAAGUCCCUGCGUUUAACCACACCCAUAAUGAUUGGUGAGAAAAAAUCAGAACGUCUAAACAUCCGGCUUAAAUAAGAGUUUGAAUCUUUGAAACUGUUUUUGAAAUGUUGUUUAGGUGUUUCAAUUUUUAUUCAAAGUCGCAUCCUGAUAUCAGUCUGACCUCUGAGAAUGAGACAAAGGUAACAUGUAGCUUGUGAAGGAACAUUGUGAGCACUUGCAAGUUUACCUGCUUUGCUUUCGUUUGUUAGACUUGUUUUCCAGUUAAAGGUGUUCUCUGUGUUGUAAUAAUUUAAACUGAAACCUCAGGAGGAAAACGCAGAGGGGAAAAGAUGAAGCCAGCUGUCAUCUCGCUGCCUCAAAGCAAGACACUCGUUCUGCACACCUGUCUUCUGCGAGCCAGUGCUGAGCACACAGACGUUCAUUCACUGAGACUAAAAGUUACCAAAUUAGUGCUUGGAAAAUUUCAUGAGAUCAACACUUUAUUUUCUUUUUAUUUUACACUUAUCCCUAGCUUCCAUUUUUUAUUUAGUAGAGUUUAAAAUAUAUAUAUUUCUGUGAGGACAUUUGUAUUGAUGAAGUGGCUGAAUAGUGAUCAGAUUUCUUUUCAUUCACUAAAGUUCAACUGCUUUUUAGAAAGGAGCUGUUCAGUACUGUUUGUUUCUUCUGUUUUGAAAAAUUAACAUAAUACUCCUGUUGUUUGUUUGUUUUUCCUAUUUGCUUGUUGGUAUUUAUUUUUUGUUUAACACAGAUCAUCUC